CAUUCCAAAGUUCCUAUGGGAGUCAUUGGGAGUAUCCCAACUCUGUUUUCCAACGGAUCUGAGCGCUACACUGCGAUAUGUUUGUUUCUGUUUCGUUUUGACUCGAGCUUGAAGUGUCGGUGCUGAACGAACAUCAGUGAGUUUGACGUGUUUCCAUAUACAGGGAAGAUGUCAGACUUUGAGACGAGGAAGAGAAAGAGAUCUUCAUCUCCAGAUCCCAGCCGUGUGUCUCUGAAGAGCAAUCAAUCCAUGCCUCCUCCUCUUAACUUCAGUGAUGGAACAGUGACCUCUGACCCCAGAGAUGAUCAGACUGGAGACCAGGAUUCUCCUCAAGCAGUAGAUGAUGAACUCCAGAGAGUCAAAGACCAGCUCAAAACCAGCAUGAAGAACAAGUAUGAGAGAUUAUUUGAGGGACUGAACCUCCAGGAGAAUGAAACCCUCCUGAACAGGAUCUACACACAGCUCUACAUCAUAGAGGGAGAGAGUGAAGGAGUGAAUGAAGAACAUGAGGUUUUCCAGAUGGAGAAAACAGCCAGAACACAACACUCACAAGAUACUCCAAUCUACUGCAAUGACAUCUUUAAAGCCUCAGCUGAACCAGGAUGUGAGGAGAAACACCAGAUCAAGACUGUUCUUACUAAAGGCAUCGCUGGAAUCGGAAAAACCGUCUCUGUGCAGAAGUUCAUUCUGGACUGGGCUGAGGGAAAAACCAAUCAGGAUGUAGAUUUCAUGUUUGUGCUUCCAUUUCGAGAGCUGAACUUGAUCCGAGAUCAUCAGUACAGUCUUCACAGACUUCUGCUGGACUUUCAUCCUGAACUUCAAGAUCUGGACUCAAAGAUUUAUGAGGAGAGUAAAGUUGUGUUCAUCUUUGAUGGUCUGGAUGAAAGCAGAAUCACACUGAUGUUUUCAAACGCUCAGAAAGUUUCUGAUGUGACCGAGUCUUCAUCAGUUUCUGAUGUGACUGAGACUUCAUCAGUGGGUGUGUUGAUGUCAGAGAAAGUUUCUGAAGUGACAGAGACUUCAUCAGUGGGUGUGUUGAUGUCAAAUCUCAUGACAGGAGAGCUGCUUCCCUCUGCUCUCAUCUGGAUCACCUCCAGACCAGCAGCAUCCAAUCAGAUCCCCUCCAAAUACAUCAACCGUCUGACAGAGAUUCAGGGAUUCAAUGACCCUCAGAAGGAGGAAUAUUUCAGGAAGAGAAUCAGUGAUGAGCAUCAAGCCAGCAGAAUCAUCUCACACAUCAGAAGAGCAAGAAGCCUCCACAUCAUGUGCCACAUACCCGUCUUCUGCUGGAUCUCAUCCACUGUGCUUCAGAAGCUCCUGAAAGAAGAUCUGAGUGCAGAAAUCCCUCAAACUCUGACUGAAAUGUACAUCCACUUCCUGCUGAUUCAGAUCAACAUGAGGAAUCAGAAGUAUGAAGAGAGAGAUCCAGAGAAACUGCUGCAGUCCAACAGAGAAGUGAUUGUGAAACUUGCUGAAGUGGCUUUCAAUCAGCUGAUGAAGGGCAAUGUGAUGUUCUAUGAGGAGGACCUGAGAGAGAGCGGCAUAGACGUCACUGACGCCUCAGUGUAUUCUGGGAUUUGCACUGAGAUCUUUAAGGAGGAAUCUGUGAUUCAUCAGAGGAAAGUCUACAGCUUCAUUCAUCUGAGCUUUCAGGAGUUUCUCGCUGCUUUCUAUGUGUUUUACUACCAUGUGAUCAAGAACAAGAAACCACUGGAUGAACUCAGAGUUUACAGAUCUUAUAAAGACUCUCUGUAUUCUCUACUAACAUCAGCAGUAAAUAAAGCCCUCAGGAGUGAGAAUGGACAACUGGAUCUGUUCCUGCGGUUCCUGCUGGGCGUCUCACUGGAGUCCAAUCAGAGAGUCUUACAGGAUCUACUGACACACACAGAGAACAGCUCAGAGAGCAUCAGAGAAAUCACACAGUAUAUUAAAAAGAUGAUCAAAGAUGAAUAUAGAGUUCUCUCCACUGAAACGUCCAUCAAUCUGUUCCUCUGUCUGCUGGAAGUCAAAGAUCAGUCUCUGUCCAGAGAGAUUCAGGAGUUUGUGAAAUCAGACAAACACUCAAAGAAGAAACUCUCUCCGUCUCACUGCUCAACAAUCUACUACAUGAUUCAGAUGUCAGAGGAGCCGCUGGAUGAGCUGAACCCCAUGAAAUACAACACAUCAGAUGAGGGGAGAAGAAGACUGAUACCAGCUGUGAUCAACUGCAGAAAAGCUCUAUUUUCUGGCUGUAAUCUCACUCCUCAGUGUUGUGACAGUUUGUCUUCAGCUCUACAAUCCUCAAACUCUGUCCUGAGAGAGCUGGAUCUGAGUAACAAUGACCUACAGGACUCUGGUGUCAGCUUCAUUUCUGAUGGUCUGAAGAGUCCAAACUGUCAGCUGCAGAUCCUGAGACUUGCUGGCUGUAAUCUCACUGCUCAGCGUUGUGAAAUUGUGUCUUCAGCUCUACAAUCCUCAAACUUUGUCCUGAGAGAGCUGGAUCUGAGUAACAAUGACCUACAGGACUCUGGUGUCAGCUUCAUUUCUGAUGGACUGAAGAGUCCAAACUGUCAGCUGCAGAUCCUGAGACUUGCUCUCUGUAAUCUCACUGCUUGGUGUUGUGACAGUUUGUCUUCAGCUCUACAAUCCUCAAACUCUGUCCUGAGAGAGCUGGAUCUGAAUAACAGUGACCUACAGGACUCUGGUGUCAACUUCAUUUCUGAUGGACUGAAGAGUCCAAACUGUCAGCUGCAGAUCCUGAGGUUGUCUGGCUGUAUGGUGACAGAGGAAGGCUGUGGUUAUGUGUCUUCAGCUCUGAGUUCAAACCCCUCACACCUGAGAGAGCUGGAUCUGAGCUACAAUCACCCAGGACGAUCAGGAGUGCAGCUGCUCAACCUCAAACUGGAGGAUUCAAACUAUAAACUGCAGAUACUCAAUGUGGAUCAUGGAGGAGAGGUCAUGAUGACAGCAGGACUACGAAAGUAUUCCCAUCAGAUCACUCUGGAUCUGAACACAGUGAAUAAACGCCUCCGUCUGUCUGAGAGGAACACAGUGAUUACUAACACUGUCACAUUCCAGUCGUAUCCUGAUCAUCCAGACAGAUUUGAUGAGAGUCCUCAGGUGUUGUGUAGAGAGAGUGUGAGUGAUCGACGCUGUUACUGGGAGAUUGAGUGCAGUGUUGGUGUGUUUAUAUCAGUGUCAUAUAAGAGCAUCAGCAGGAAGGGACGGGGUGAUGAGUGUGUGUUUGGAGGUAAUGAUCAGUCCUGGAAUUUGACCUGCUCUCCCUACAGUUACUCAUUCAUACACAAUAACAUACUGACUGUUCUCCCUGUAAAGCCCAUCAUCAGCAGAACAGUGAAUAAGCAGAAACACUAUAGAGUAGGAGUGUAUGUGGAUCACAGUGCAGGAACUCUGUCCUUCUACAGCGUCUCUGGAGACACAAUGAUCCACAUCCACACAGUCCAGACCACAUUCACUCAACCACUCUAUCCUGGGUUUGGGGUUCCUACUGGAUCAUCAGUGAAACUGUGA